AUGAUAGUUAUGAAGGAGAAUACGGGUGAUUACAAGAAAGAAUUUGCUAGGCUUCAUGAUUAUACAGAAAUGCUAAAGUCUACUAAUCCUGGCACUACUGUAGUGAUAAGGACAUCUAAGGAUUCAAUUCCUGGCAAGGAGGUGUUUAUGGGCAUUUAUGUCUGUCUUGAAGCAUUAAAAACUGGAUGGUUAGAAGGGUGCAGAAACAUAAUUGGCUUUGAUGGUGCAUUCCUAAAGGGGACAUGUAAAGGUGAACUGCUUUCCUGCAUUUCCAAGGAUGGAAAUAAUCAAAUGUUCCCUGUGGCUUGGGCAUUAGUUGAAAAGGAAUCAAAGGAUACAUGGUCUUGGUUUAUCAGAUGUCUCAAGCAUGAUCUAAAUUUGACAGAAACUGAAGGAGAAUGGCUGACAGGUCUUCAUCUAGCAAUAACUCAGUUAUUGCCAAAUGCUGAGAUGAGAUGGUGUGUUAGACAUAUCUGGGCUAAUUGGAAGCAAACUUGGCCUGGUGAGGAAAGAAGGAAAAAAUUCUGGCAGUGUGCAAGAGCUACAUUUGAAGUUUACUUUAGCAAGAAGUUGGAUGAAACGGACCAGCUGGGGGGAGAUGUUGUUCAAGAAUUACUGAAAUACAACAAGGAAAUAUGGUGUAGGGCAUACUUCAAAGAACAUAGUAAGUGUGAUGUAGUGGAGAACAACAUGUGUGAGACAUUCAAUAGUUGGAUAUUGGCAGCUAGGCACAAGUCUCUCAUUACUAUGUUAGAGGAAAUUAGAAUCAAGUGUAUGGAGAGGAUGAAUAGCAUGAGAGAGUUUUCUGAAAAAUGGGUAGGUGAUAUAUCACCCAUGGCUAUGGAAAUACUUGAAGAGAAUGCUCAAAGGGCAGCCAAAUGUGAAGUCAAAUUUAAUGGUGAAACAGGGUAUGAGAUCCAGGAUGGGCCAUAUAAACAUGUUGUUGACUUUAGGAUAUGUUCCUGUACUUGUAGAUCAUGGCAACUCAAAGGAAUUCCAUGUGCACAUGCAAUUACAGCAAUGCAUUAUAAGAACUAUGAGGUUGAGCCAUAUGUUGACCAUUGGUAUAGAAAGGAUACCUACCUUAAAGCAUAUAGCAGAUUCAUUCAACCUUUAACUAGUAUGAAUUUGUGGCCAAAAAGCACACUGCCAGCUAUUGAGCCACCUGUUAUAACUGCAAUGCCAGGAAAGCCAAAGGAAAAAAGGAGAAAAGCUGCUGAUGAACCAAAGAAGAAGUUUGGGAAGGGUACAAGGAUAGGGAGACAAAUGAGACGUUCUUUGUGCAAGACUCUAGGACAUAACAAGAAAGGAUGCCCAUCAGCAGUAAGUAUUAAUGUUUGUUUUGUUACUAAUAUUGAAAGAAUUCAACUACUAGUGAUAGUUUUGUUAUGUGUAUGCAGAGAAACCAAGGGGGAAAGGCUGGGACUAGUUCAGUUGGAGGUGAAACUGCUCAAAGUGGAACUGCAGCAACAGCAGCAGCUGGAAGUGCAUCAGUACCAGCAGCUGGAUCAUCAGCAGCGGCUGGAUCAACAGCAGCACCUUCAACUAUGGAAAGUGGCACCUUCACUCCACCAAUCAUUGAUCCAAGCACACAACAAUCAACUAAUAUUGCAGGAGGUCCAAAAAGGAAGACCAAUGAGCCUAGAAGAGGUGGUGCAAAUGCAGGCUCUAAGAGACCAAAGACAGUAG